AUGUCUCAGGAGUGUCAUCAUGCCAUCGAAACUCGAGCAAAACUGGUGGAUUGCCAUGUGAUAUCCACUAUCUCAAUCUAUUUCUCUACUCGAUUCAAUAUUUCCUCCUUCUCCUCUCUGUCUCUCCUCUCCUUUCAAUAUAUCUAUCUUUUCCGCUCCGUUUUCCUUCUCGUUUCAAUAUCGACGUCGUCGUCUUCUCUCUUUCUCUCCUCUCUACUUUCAAUAUCUCUAUCUUCUGUCUGUCUCCCAUCUCUCUCCUCCUCUCUGACCCCUCUCUCGUUUCAAUAUCCGUCUUCUCCUCUCCGUCUCCGCUCUCUUUUCAAUAUCUACGUAUUCUCCUCUCUGUAUUCCCACUCCUUUCAGUAUCCCUGCCUCUACUCUUUUUUUCAAUAUCUUCUUCUUCUCCUCCUCUCUCCCCCAUCUACUUUCAGUAUCUCCGUCUUCUCUUCUCUCUCUCUCAGUAUCUCCGUCUUCUCUCUCUCUCAGUAUCUCCGUCUUCUCUCCUCUCUCUCAGUAUCUCCGUCUUCUCUCCUCUCUCUCAGUAUCUCCGUCUCUCUCUCUCUCUUUUCUCAUCUUUCUCUUCAGUUUCUCCUCUUUCUCUUCCAGUUUCUCCAUCAGUUUUCUCUAAGUUUCUCAUCUUUCUCUUCAGUUUCUCCGUCUUUCUCUUCAAUUUCUCCAUCUUUCUCUUCAGUUUCUCCGUCUUUCUCAAUUUCUCUUUUCUCGUCUUUCUCAGUUUCUCAAAUUUCUCCAUCUUUCUCUUCAAUUUCUCCGUCUUUUUCUCUUCAGUUUCUCCGUCUUUCUCUUCAAUUUCUCCGUCUUUCUCUUCAAUUUCUCCGUCUUUCUCUUCAAUUUCUCCGUCUUUCUCUCAGUUUCUCCGUCUUUCUCUUCAGUUUCUCCCUUUCUUUAAGUUUCUCUCAAUUUCCGUCUUUCUCCGUCUUUCUCUCAGUUUCUCCGUCUUUCUCUAAGUUUCUCCGUCUUUCUCUUCAGUUUUCUCCGUCUUUCUCUUCAGUUUCUCCGUCUUUCUCUCAGUUUUUCUCCGUCUUUCUCUUCCAGUUUCUCCGUCUUUCUCUUCAAGUUUUCUCCGUCUUUCUCCAGUUUCUCUUUCUCUUCUUUCUCCGUCUUUCUCUUCAGUUUCUCCGUCUUUCUCUUCAGUUUCUCCGUCUUUCUCUUCAGUUUCUCCGUCUUUCUCUAAUUUCUCUCCGUCUUUCUCUCAGUUUCUCCGUCUUCUCUCUUUCUCCGUCUUUAUCUCCGUCUUCUCUCUUUCUCUUCAAUUUCUCCAUCUUUCUCUUAAUUUCUCCAUCUUUCUCUUCAAUUUCUCCGUCUUUUCUUCAAUUUCUCCGUCUUUCUCUGUUUCUCCAUCUUUCUCCGUCUUUUCUCUUCAUUUCUCCAUCUUUCUCUUCAGUUUCUCCAUCUUUCUCUUCAAUUUCUCCUCUUUCUCUCUCAGUUUCUCCGUCUUUCUCUUCAAUUUCUCGUCUUUCUCAUUUCUUUCUCUUCAGUUUCUCCGUCUUUUCUUUCUCAUCUUUCUCUAAAUUUCUCCGUCUUUCUCUUCAAUUUCUAUCUUUCUCUUCAAUUUCUCUCUUUCUCAGUUUCUCCGUCCAUCUUCAGUUUCUCCGUCUUUCUCUAUCUUUUCUCCGUCUUUUCUCUCCGUCUUUCUCUUCAGUUUCUCCUCUUUCUCUCAGUUUUCUCCAUCUUUCUCUUCAUUUCUCCCGUCUUUCUCUUAAGUUUCUCCGUCUUUCUCUUCAGUUUCUCCGUCUUUCUCUUCAGUUUUUAUCUUUCUCUUCAGUUUCUCCGUCUUUCUCUUCAAUUUCUCUCUUUCUCUUCCAGUUUCUCCGUCUUUCUCUUCAUUUCUCCGUCUUUCUCUCAGUUUCUCCGUCUUUCUCUUCAUCUUUUCUCCGUUUCUUUCUCUUCAAUUUCUCCGUCUUUCUCUUCAAUUUCUCCUUUCUCCAUCUUUCUCUUCAGUUUUUCUCCGUCUUUCUUUCUCUUAAUUUCUCCUCUUUCUCUUCAGUUUCUCCGUCUUUCUCUUCAGUUUCUCCAUCUUUCUCUCAGUUUCUCCAUCUUUCUCUCAAUUUCUCCCAUCUUUCUCUUCAAUUUCUCCAUCUUUCUCUUCAGUUUCUCCUUUCUCUUUCUCUCUCAGUUUCUCCGUCUUUUCUCUUCAAUUUCUCCUCUUUCUCUUCAGUUUCUCCGUCUUUCUCUUCCAAUUUCUCCGUCUUUCUCCGUUUCUCCUCUCUUUCUCGUCUUUCUCUCCGUUUUCUCUUUCUCUUCAGUUUCUCCAUCUUUCUCUUCAGUUUCUCCGUCUUUCUCAGUUUCUCCGUCUUUCUCUCCUUUCUCCGUCUUUCUCUUAAGUUUCUCGUCUUUCUCCUCUUUCUCUUCAGUAUCUUUCUCUUCUCUCCUCUUUCUCUCAGUUUCUCCGUCUUUCUCUUCAAUUUCUCCUCUUUCAGUUUCUCCGUCUUUUCUUCAAUUUCUCCGUCUUUCUCUUCAGUUUCUCCGUCUUUCUCUUUUUCUCCGUCUUUCUCUUCAGUUUUCUCCAUCCUCUCUCAAUUUCUCCAUCUUUCUCUUCAAUUUCUCCAUCUUUCUCUCUUUUUUCUCCGUCUUUUCUCUUCUCUUUCUCCAUCUUUCUCUUCAAUUUCUCCAUCUUUCUCCGUCUUUCUCUUCAAUUUCUCCGUCUUUCUCCAGUUUCUCCUCUUUCUCUUCAUUUCUCCGUCUUUCUCUUCAAUUUCUCCGUCUUUCUCUUCAGUUUCUCCGUCUUCUCUUCAGUUUCUCCCGUCUUUCUCUAAUUUUCUCCGUCUUUCUUCAGUUUCUCCGUCUUUCUCUUCUCUCUUUCUCUCUAAGUUUCUCCAUCUUUCUCUUCAGUUUCUCGUCUUUCUCUUCAAUUUCUCCAUCUUUCUCUUCAAUUUCUCCAUCUUUUUCAUCUUUUCUCCGUCUUUCUCUUCAAUUUCUCCUCUUUCUCUCAAUUUCUCCAUCUUUCUCUUAAAAUUUCUCAUCUUCUCUUCAAUUUCUCUCUUUCUCUUCAAUUUCUCCAUCUUUUUCUCAGUUUCUCCGUCUUUCUCUUCAAUUUCUCCGUCUUUCUCUUCAGUUUCUCCGUCUUUCUCUUCAGUUUCUCCGUCUUUCUCUUCAGUUUCUUCUUUCCUAAAUUUCUCAUCUUUCUCUUCAGUUUCUCCGUCUUUCUCUUCAGUUUCUCUCUUUUCUCCAUCUUUCUCUUCAGUUUCUCCGUCUUUCUCUUCAGUUUCUCCUCUUUCUCUCACUUUCUCCAUCUUUCUCUUCUUUUCUCCAUCUUUCUCUUCUUUCUCCGUCUUUCUCUUCAGUUUCUCCGUCUUUCUCUCUAAAGUCUUUCUCUCUUUUCUCUUCAUUUCUCCCUCAUUUCUCCUCUUUUUUUCUUCAGUUUCUCCGUCUUUCUCUCAAUUUCUCCUCUCUCCAAUUUCUCCAUCUUUCUCUUCAGUUUUUCUUUAUCGUCUUUCUCUUAAAUUUCUCCAUCUUUCUCUUCACUUUCUCCGUCUUUCUCUUCAGUUUCUCCGUCUUUCUCUUCAGUUUCUCCGUCUUUCUCUCAAUUUCUCCUUUCUCCAUCUUUCUCUCAAUUUCUCCAUCUUUCUCUUCAAUUUCUCCAUCUUUCUCUUAAUUUUUCAGUCUAAGUUUCUCUCUUUCUCAGUUUCUCCGUCUUUCUCUCAGUUUCUCCGUCUUUCUCUUCAAUUUCUCCAUCUUUCUCUUCAUCUUUCUCCGUCUUUCUCUAAGUUUCUCCGUCUUUCUCUUCAAUUUCUCCGUCUUUCUCUUCAGUUUCUCCGUCUUUCUCUAAGUUUCUCCAUCUUUCUCUUCAGUUUUUCUCUUUCUCCCAAUUUCUCCGUCUUUCUCAGUUUCUCCGUCUUUCUCUUUUUCUCCGUCUUUCUCUCUUUCUCCGUCUUUCUCAGUUUCUCCGUCUUUCUCUUCUUUCUCGUCUUUCUCUUAUUUCUCCGUCUUUCUCUCAUUUUCUCCGUCUUUCUCCGUCUUUCUCCGUCUUUCUCUCUUUCUCCAUCUUUCUCUUCAGUUUCUCCGUCUUUUCUUCAUUUCUCCGUCUUUCUCUUCAGUUUCUCCAUCUUUCUCAGUUUCUCCGUCUUUCUCUUAAAUUUCUCCAUCUUUCUCUUCAGUUUUCUCCGUCUUUCUCUUCAGUUUCUCCGUCAGUUUUCUCUUUUAAUUUCUCCUUUCUCUUCAAUUUCUCCUCUUUCUCAUUUCUCCGUCUUUCUCUUCAGUUUUUCUCCAUCUUUCUUUCUCCUCUUUCUCUUCAAUUUCUCCGUCUUUCUCUUCAAUUUCUUUCUUUUUCUUCAGUUUCUCCGUCUUUCUCUUCCAGUUUCUCCGUCUUUCUCUUCAGUUUCUCCGUCUUUUUUCUUCUCCGUCUUUCUCUUAAAUUUCUCCGUCUUUCUCUUUCUCCGUCUUUCUCUUCAGUUUCUCCGUCUUUCUCUAAGUUUCUCCGUCUUUCUCUUCAGUUUCUCCGUCUUUCUCUUCAGUUUCUCCGUCUUUCUCUUCAGUUUCUCCGUCUUUCUCUUCAUUUCUCCGUCUUUCUCAGUUUCUCCGUCUUUCUCUAAGUUUCUCCGUCUUUCUCUUCAGUUUCUCCGUCUUUCUCUUCAGUUUCUCCGUCUUUCUCUUCAGUUUCUCCGUCUUUCUCUUCAUUUCUCCUUCUUUCUCUUCAGUUUCUCCAUCUUUCUCAGUUUCUCCGUCUUUCUCUUCUCUUUUCUCCGUCCCUCUUCAAUUUCUCCAUCUUUCUCAGUUUCUCCAUCUUUCUCUUCAAUUUCUCCAUCUCUCUCCCCAAUUUCUAUCUUUCUCUUCAAUUUCUCUCUUUCUCUUCAAUUUCUCCUCUUCUCUAAAAUUUCUUCUCUCAAUUUCUCUCUUUCUCUUAAUUUCUCCAUCUUUCUCUCAGUUUCUCCAUCUUUUUCAAUUUCUCCGUCUUUCUCUAAAUUUCUCCUCUUUCUCUUCCGUCUUUUUCCCGUCUUUCUCUUCAUUUCUCCAUCUUUCUCUAAAAUUUCUCCUCUUUCUCUAAAUUUCUCCAUCUUUCUCUUCAGUUUCUCCAUCUUUCUCUUCAAUUUCUCCUCUUUCUCUUACUUUCUCCAUCUUUCUCUUCCAAUUUCUCUCCGUCUUUUCUCUUUCUCUAAUUUCUCUCUUUCUCUUCAAUUUCUCCGUCUUUCUCUUCAGUUUCUCCGUCUUUCUCUUCAAUUUCUCCGUCUUUCUCUUCAAUUUCUCCGUCUUUCUUUCAGUUUCUCGUCUUUCUCUUCAAUUUUCUCCGUCUUUCUCUUCAGUUUCUCCGUCUUUCUCUUCAAUUUCUCCGUCUUUCUCUUAUUUCUCCGUCUUUCUCUUCAGUUUCUCCAUCUUUCUCUUCAAUUUCUCCGUCUUUCUCUUCAGUUUCUCCUUUCUCCGUCUUUCUCUUCAAUUUCUCCUCUUUCUCUUAAAUUUCCCAUCUUUCUCUUCAGUUUCUCCGUCUUUCUCUUCCUUUCUCCUCUUUCUCUUCCGUUUUCUCCGUCUCUUUCUCUUUUCUCCCUCUUUCUCUCAAUUUCUCCGUCUUUCUCUUCAAUUUCUCCUCUUUCUCUAAAGUUUUUUCCUCUUUCUUUCAAUUUCUCCGUCUUUCUCUUCAAUUUCUCCGUCUUUCUCUUCAGUUUCUCCGUCUUUCUCUUCAUUUCUCCAUCUUUCUCUAAGUUUCUCCGUCUUUCUCUUCCAGUUUCUCCGUCUUUCUAUUUCGUCAUCUUUCUCUUCAUUUCUCCUCUUUCUCUUAAGUUUCUCCGUCUUUCUCUUCAGUUUCUCCAUCUUUCUCUUCAAUUUCUCCAUCUUUCUCUUCAAUUUCUCUUUCUCUUUCAUUUUCUCCAUCUUUCUCUUCAGUUUCUCCAUCUUUCUCUAAAUUUUCUCUCUUUCUCUUCCAAUUUCUCCCAUCUUUCUCUUUUCUCCAUCUUUCUAUUUCUUCUUUCUCUCAAUUUCUUCUCUUCUCCAUCUCUUUCUCUUAAUUUCUCCUCUUUCUCCAUCUUUCUCUUUCAUUUCUCCGUCUUUCUCUUCAAUUUCUCUCUCUCUUCUCUAAAUUUCUCCGUCUUUCUCUUCAAUUUCUUCUCCCCCUUUCUCUUUCAUUUCUCCAUCUUUCUCUUCAAUUUCUUCUCUCUCUUCUUUCUCCGUCUUUCUCUUUCUCUUUCUCUCUCUAAUUUUCCCCUCUUUUUCUCAGUAUCUCCGUCUUCUCUUCACUCUCUCUCUCCCCUCUACUUUCAGUAUCUCCGUCUUCUCUUCACUCUCUCUCUCCCCUCUACUUUCAGUAUCUCCGUCUUCUCUUCUCUCUCUCCCUCCCCUCUACUUUCAGUAUAUCCGUCUUACUCUCCUUUCAAUAUUUCCAUCAUCUCCGAUCAACCUCUGUCUGCUCAUCCCGGUCUACACAUAUGUAUCUCUCCAUCGAUUUGCCAUAUUUUAAUUUUAAAUUUCGUUCAGUCUUUCUUUUCCUCCGUUCGUCGUUGUCCAUUCCAAGCCGUUCGUCAUUGUCCGUUACAUCCUUUCCUCAUUGUCCGUUCCAAGCCGUUCGUCGUAGUCCAUUCCAUGCCGUUCGUCAUUGUCUGUUCCAUGCCGUUCGUCAUUGUCUGUUCCAUGCCGUUCGUCAUUGUCUGUUCCAUGCCGUUCGUCAUUGUCUGUUCCAUGCCGUUCGUCAUUGUCUGUUCCAUGCCGUUCGUCAUUGUCUGUUCCAUGCCGUUCGUCAUUGUCCGUUUCGGGCUUUUCCUCAUUGUCCGUUUCAAGCCGUUCGUCAUUGUUCGUUUCAAGCCGUUCGUCAUUGUCCGUUUCAAGCCGUUCGUCAUUGUCCCCGUUCGUAAUUGUCCAUUCCAAGCCGUUCGUAAUUGUCCAUUCCAAGCCGUUCGUAAUUGUCCAUUCCAAGCCGUUCGUAAUUGUCCCUUCCAAGCCGUUCGUAAUUGUCCCUUCCAAGCCGUUCGUCAUUGUCCCUUCCAAGCCGUUCGUCAUUGUCCGUUUCAAGCUUUUCCUCAUUGUCCGUUUCAAGCUUUUCCUCAUUGUCCGUUCCAAGCCGUUCGUCGUAGUCCAUUCCAUGCCGUUCGUCAUUGUCUGUUCCAUGCCGUUCGUCAUUGUCCGUUUCAAGCUUUUCCUCAUUGUCCGUUCCAAGCCGUUCGUCAUUGUCCGUUCCAUCCUUUCCUCAUUGUCCCUUCCAAGCCGUUCGUCAUUGUCCCUUCCAAGCCGUUCGUCAUUGUCCCUUCCAAGCCGUUCGUCGUAGUCCAUUCCAUGCCGUUCGUCGUAGUCCAUUCCAUGCCGUUCGUCAUUGUCUGUUCCAUGCCGUUCGUCAUUGUCCGUUUCAAGCUUUUCCUCAUUGUCCGUUUCAAGCCGUUCCCGUUCGUCAUUGUCCCUUCCAAGCCGUUCAUUCCAGCCCGGCCGAUGCUUUUAGAUGCUUCUUCUUUCUUUCGGUUUUCACAUUCCUGUUUCUUGUUUGACAUACGCAUCUACUUUCUUCGCAUUAUCCAAGACAUUUUUUCAUUGACCUUAUUUCUUUAUUCCUUCUCCUUCCCUUCCUUUAUUUAUUCAUUCUCCAUCCCUUUCUUCCUUUAUUUCUUCUUCCUCCCUCCUUUUCUCCUUUUAUUUAUUCAUUCUCCCUCCAUUUCUUCCUUUAUUUAUUCAUUCUACCUCCCUUCCUUCUUUUCUUUAUUCCUUCUCCCUCCCUUCCUUUCUUCAUUCCUUCUCCCUCCCUUCCUUUCUUUAUUCUUUCUCCCUCCCUUCCUUUCUUUAUUCCUUCUCCCUCCCUUCCUUUCUUUAUUCCUUCUCCCUCCCUUCCUUUCUUUAUUCCUUCUCCCUCCCUUCCUUUCUUUAUUCCUUCUCCCUCCCUUCCUUUCUUUAUUCCUUCUCCCUCCCUUCCUUUCUUCCUUCUCCCUCCAUUUCUUUAUUCCUUCUCCCUCCAUUUCUUUCUUUAUUCCUUCUCCCUUUUCUUUUUGCCUUCUCAAUCCCUCCCACCCUUUUUAUUUCUUCUCUCUUCCUUCCUUUCCUUUCUUCAUUCCUUCUCCCUUCCUUUCUUUAUUCCUCUUCCCUCCCUUCCUUUCGUUAUUCCUUCUCCCUUCAUUUUUUCUUCAUUCCCUCUCUUUCCCUUCCUUUGUUUAUUCCUUUUCCCUUCCUUUGUUUAUUCCUUUUCCCUUCCUUUGUUUAUUCCUUUUCCCUUUCUUUCUUUCUUUAUUCAUUUACCUUUCUUUCUUUAUUCUUUCCUUUCUUUAUUCGUUCUCGCUCCUUUUUUUAUUCCUUCUCCCUCCCUUUCUUUAUUUCUUCUUCCUCCCUUUCUUUAUUUCUUCUUCCUUCCUCCCUCCCUUUCUUUAUUUCUUCUUCUUUCCUCCCUCCCUUUCUUUAUUUCUUCUUCUUUCCUCCCUUCCUUUCUUUAUUUCUUCCUUCUCUCUUCCCUUCUUUCUUUAUUUUCCUUUGCUUUCUUUGUUUAUUCUCCUUUGUUUAUUCUUCAUAUCUUAUUCCUUUCCCUUUCUUUCCAUUUCUCUCUUUCUUUCUUCCUUCUCCAUUGCUUUUUUUUUCUCUAUUCCCUGUUUUCUUUAUUCUUUCUCUCUUGCUUUCUUUCUUACUAUUUCCUCUGAAUAA